CUUGUCCAAAUUAUGCAAAUUGUGGCUUUUCCCUCCUCCUCUCCUCGUUGUGAGUGCCUCAGAUUUCCGACAGCUCGUGAAGGAGACACAAGCCACAUCCAUCAGCCUCACAUUUAGUUACCCGAAGAGACCCGGAGAGGACCGAGCGGCACCAGGCAGCACCAGGCAGCCGAACAGGAACAGGAACAGGAUAAAACACUAGACGAUGUUGGCGCUGAUGCUGAUGUUGCUCCUCGCCGUCAGUCGGUCUGGCGGCGACGGGUCGGCCCGCCCGGACUGCAGCCCGUCCACCACAGAGAGCAGCGGCGUGGUGCAUUUACUGUCCGCCGUGGUCGACGCGCAAAAAGCCGAGCAGAGCCAGAAGCAACACCUGGAGGCUCUGUUCAACAGAUAUGGAGAAAACGGCACCAUCUCUCUGGCUGGUUUAAAGCGCCUCUUAGAGAAUGUGGGGCUGGAUAGCUUCAGGAAUAUCACGGUGCAACAUCACGAGCAACCAGGCCACCACCACCACCACGACGAUCACCACCAUCAUCAUCAUCAUCAUCAUCAUCACCAUGACGACAACAACUCGCAUCACCAGAAACGCACCACGCCCUCACAGCCGAGAAAGUUCCCAAAGAUGAACAAAGAUCAAGACGGCCACCACGACCUGCACGACAAGAAGACUGCCGUGGCGGCGGCGGCGGCGACUCAGGAGGCGGGCACCACGGUGGCGUACGGCGCCCAGCUGGCGGCGAAACCAGAAGAGGCUCGUAAGAGACAAGACCGAAGCCUGGAGGCAGCCGGUCCUGCAGCGGCAGAGGAGUCCACCAGGGCGUCUGCUGCCAGACUGGUCACAGAGAGCCAGACGCCGCCACCGCCAGUCAGCAGGGGGGACCACGACCACGACCACGCUACUCAUCAUGACCACGACCAUGAUCACAACGACGACCACGUUAAUCAGGAUCCCGCCCACAACGGCAGCGUGGACAUCAUGGAGUGUCUGAAUGCGUCCACCAUCCUGUCCUUACACGGGAUGUCUCAGGGCGGGUUCAUGACCCUCACCGACUUCAGCUUCCUCUGCCCCGCCCUCCUCAACCAGAUCGAUGGUGGAGCGUGCAUCCUGCACAGCGGCGCUGCAGAGCACGGGGAGAGAGAACAUAACCAUGGUCACAGUCACCAUCAUGAACACAACAACUCGGACCACGGCCACAGGGAGCACUCCGGCGGAGAGAGUGGCAAAAACAUCGUAAUAGCGUGGGUCGGAGGCUUCCUCUCCAUCACCAUCAUCAGUCUGCUGUCACUGCUCGGCGUCGUCCUCAUCCCGCUCAUGAACAGAGUUUUCUUCAAGUUCCUCCUCAGCUUCUUGGUGGCGCUGGCCGUCGGCACGCUGAGCGGCGACGCCUUCCUCCAUCUCAUCCCCCACUCUCAAGGAGGACACCAUCACAACCACAAGGAGUUGGAGAUGAACAUGGAGGAGCAGCACCACCAUCACGACGAGCACGAGGAAAAUCUGGACGCUGUGUGGAAAGGCCUGACGGCUCUGAGUGGAGUCUACAUCAUGUUCCUGAUUGAACACUUCCUGACGCUGGGAAAGAUGUACAAGGACAAGAAACAAAAGAUCCAGAAGCAGUGGGACCAGAACGACAAAGCAGAUCCAGAGAAACAGCCUGCUCUGGAGGAGAACGACCUGAAGCCUGCUGAAGACGUGGAGACUAACGGUGCCGGGAUGUUUGGCGACCACAGCCUGCAUGGCAGCAGCGUGGCGGAAGAGGAGCAGGUGAUGCUGGCGCCGCAGGUGUCCGUCGUCUCGCCGCAGAGUUACGGCGGAGCAUCGGGGGCCGCCGCCUACACGGAUGAGGACUGUGAGCACAAAUGCCACUCGCACUUUCACGACACCGUGGGCCAGGCUGACAGCAUGCACCACCACCACCACGACUACCACCACAUCCUGCACCACCACCACUCCCAGAACCACCACCCCCACAGCCACUCCCACUCCUACUCAGAGGAGCACUUCCAGCAGGCCGGCAUCGCCACCCUCGCCUGGAUGGUCAUCAUGGGAGACGGCCUGCACAACUUCAGUGACGGCUUGGCUAUCGGUGCUGCCUUCACUCAGGGUCUGUCCAGCGGUCUGAGUACGUCUGUGGCCGUUUUCUGUCACGAGCUGCCUCACGAAUUAGGUGACUUUGCGGUGCUCCUGAAGGCAGGUAUGACGGUGCGUCAGGCCAUUCUCUAUAACGUGGUGUCGGCUAUGAUGGCCUACCUGGGCGUGGUGAUCGGUAUCCUGAUCGGACACUAUGCAGAGAAUGUCUCCAUGUGGAUAUUUGCCCUCACAGCUGGACUCUUCAUGUAUGUGGCUCUGGUGGACAUGGUGCCUGAGAUGUUGCACAACGACGCUGGGGACCACGGCUUCAGCCACUGCGGCUUCUUCCUGCUGCAGAACGCUGGCAUCCUGCUGGGCUUCUGCAUCAUGCUGCUAAUCGCCAUUUUUGAGCACAAAAUCCAGCUGGACCUGGGGUACUGAAGAAAAGGUGCUUCAUUCUGAGCUCUGUGUGCAUUUCAGUGUCUUUGUCAAUAGUGUAGUGCGUUUUUUUUCUUUUUUAUUCUUUGUUGUUUAGUUUGUCUGUUCACACGAUGUAGAAGAAGCUUCAGAAAUGGAAUGUAAUCCAGGAAGUUGCCAUGUUGCUCCUCUCUCUGUUAGCCGACAGAAACUCCAAACUCAGAAUCGGUGUAAAAAUGGCUAAGUUAUUUAUUAAUUUUUUUUGGACUGUGGUUAAAAAACAAAUGCAGCAAUUUCCCCUGGAGUCGAUAAAGUCGUGACCCUGAUUCUGACAGAAUCCCCAGUCCAAAUAUAUUUUCCCACCAAAUCAAUUUUCACAUGUCAGCGGUUCAUAUUUACAAUUAAUCCAGAAAGACUGGAUUAAUGCUGUUAUUAUCACUUUACCUCUCGUCAUUUAUUUUUUUUGCCCAUGUCUCAUCUUUUAUAAUUAUCUUUAUUUAUUUUAGGUGUUGGAAAUGUUCCUGCUGCUGAGUUAAACUAGAUCAGUAUUCCAGUAAAAGCCCCACUGUGACGACACCUCCUGCAGAUUUAUACCACAAUCUUUGCCUUAAUGAACCUCUGCACACUACUCAUCAUCAGGGUUGCAGCUAAUGAUCAUUUAAAAUUAUUGAUUAAUCCAUUAAUUGUCCGGUCUGUAAAAUUUCUCCCAGAGCUCAAGCUGACCUUUUUGAAUUCCAAAAAAAUGUUCCAAAAAAAAAGAUAUUCAGGAAGUAAAACACACAUUUUGACAUUUUUGCUUUCAAAUAUUAACAACUGUUGAUUCUCGGAAUUACAAUUAAUCUGCAACUGCAGUUUGUGUACAUCACUUGUAGUGGGAAUUUAUAAAAUGUUACCCAGUGCAGACAGUAUCGUCAUGUAACGCCUGAGGAAAUGAAUGAAUGAAGUGCUUAUUAGCAAUUGGAACUCUUUAACAUCUGAACACAACAUUUCAUGAUCGAGAGGGAGCCAAGACAAGUCUGGAAAUGAGUUUGCGGAAAGUAGUCGGUGAAAUUUGAAAAAGAUGGCAAAAGCUGUUGAAACAGUGCAAAGUUUUGCUCGAUUCUUUGUGGAGAAACUUAGUUUUACUGUCGAUGAAAUCAACUAAUGGAUUCGUGAUACUGAUGAUGAUUGUUAGUAAGAAUGUGUUUAUUCGAUGAAUCGCUACAUGAGCUCCUCUGACAGGACUUUGGGGACAUUUAAGAGAAAUAAGUGUGGGACCACUGUACUGAAUGGACUUGAGCUCAGGCUGAUGAAGGAAAAGAGGUCAUGCAUCUGAUAAGUGGAAAAAAAAAAGAGCUCUCUAAAGGCUGGUUCAUGGUUUCUGUUCAGACUGAGCUCCUUAAAACAUUAAUAUAUCACUUAGUUUUGAUUGAAGAUUAAAACAAGAUAUUCCUGAUGGUGAAAAAGGACCAGAGCUGUAUUUAGUUCAAACCAAGGUUAUAAUAGUUUUGGAUUUUUCAUUAGUUUUAGUUUUAAUUUCGUUGUCAGUUUCUGUUUUCAAAUUCAGUUAGUUUUAAUUAGUUUUUAUUUUCUGGAAAAUGCUUAGCUUUAGUUUAGUUUUUUUUUUUUUAUAAUGGGGUAUUUGCUGGGUACCAGAUUCAAUAAGGUCACAAUAAAUGUUUCCUUUAUUUCCUUUGUCUGAUCCAUCUCAGCCCCAAUAAGUUUAUUAAGUCAUAAAACCAGAUAGAUGAAAUAGAUUUCAUAUCAACCAAAAAGGUUUAUGUAUGAAAAAAGUUGACAAAGACGAAAACGAAGGACAUUUUCACUAUAGUUUUAGUUAGUUUUAGUUCGUUUUGGAACCACAAAAUACAGUUUCAGUUAGUUAUCGUUUUUAAAAAAACUCUUGUUUUUAUUCUUAUUUCAGUUAACGAAAAUGCUUUUUCAAUUCUAGUUGUCGUUAUUUCGUUAGUUUUCGUUAACUAUAAUAACCUUGGUUCAAACAAGACAAGACUUGAUUAAUAUUAAUAGUUAUAAUGCGUUGUCGGUUGCUGAGAAUUAAAAGAAAUCCUCUGUUCAGCUCCCUCCUCCUGACUGUUUACAGCUGCUCACUGAGACCAAGAUCUGAAAAAAAUAUAUAAUUCAUGAUUAGCUGAGCAAGAACGGAACUAAAGCAGAUCUUAUUGAUGAUCUCAGAGCAUCGUUUCCUCAUAAAUGCACCCAUUUGUGAGGCUGAAAGGAAAUCUAUUAAGUGAUGUCACAAAAUCUAAUUAAUCUGGAGCUUUAGAUGUUCCUGUCCUGCCGCUGGAGCUUCAGCUUCAGGAUAUUUAGAGUCAGACAUUAAUCAAAAAACUAAAUGAAGAAGAUGAUUUUUUUUUUUAAAUGAUAAAAAUGUUCCAAAUGCACUUAUUUUAAUGUUUGUCAACGUUAGGGCAAUGUCAGCAAGUUUCAGUUCCUUUAUUUUUAAUCUCAAUGAGGCUUUUCAUGUUUCAAUACAUGUUUAUUAAGGUUUAGAAACUUUUUUUCUAAAAUACUUUCUAGUUCAUUCAAAUUCAAAGUUUAAGUGGUGACGAGGAUCAUUUUCUAAAUAAAUUCUCACCAUAUUUAAACGGUUGAUUCACUUCGCCCUCGGACUUAAAAACUCGUCUUUUUACGUGAAUGCGUGCGUAUAAUGUGGCCCUCUGUGCGUGACUCCCUGGUUGGCCUUGACCUUUGACCUUUCUCUGUGAAAAGUGAACAAAUCUGUCAGAAAAAUGCCAAGUCCAGUGUGUGGCAUCUGUCCCAAGAAGAGAUAAGAAACUGAAAGUAAAUGAAGGCAACAAAAAGGGGAAACUCAGCAGGUUUUUUUUACUUUCUAUAGUGUUUUUUUUUAAAUUGUAUUAUUAUUUGUUUAUAAUUUAUUUUGUUGUUACAGUUGAAGAGUUAAAGGGACAGUUUGGAUUUUUGCAGUGUGGUUGUGUGAGAGAUUAACAGACGGGCAGCAGCUGUGUGUGUUUUUGACACUUAAGAGAAACAAAAAUGAAGUGAAAUGUUAAGUUUGAAAAGUUCCACAGCAUUAAUAGUCUAGACGGAUUUCAGAAUAAAGGCCUUCUAUAAGAAGUGAGGAGCAUUUAUGGGUACAAGUCAGGAACCGGCCUACCUUACAUAUCUCAAGGGUGCUGAGUCCGAAAAAAAUGGUUCCCAAGCGAAAUUUUUAGUUUUUGACCUUCUAAUUUGUAUCAAAUGGCCACCAAAUUGCCCAUCUUGCUCAGUCGUUGGACCAUUUCCCCUUAGUUUUUUUGUAAGUA